AUAGGUUAUGUUUGCCGUUAAGGGCGAUUGUUGUACAUUUUCGAACUACGCGAGUGUUUAUUACCACUUUGCUUUUUGUUUUGUUGCCUGCCGGAGAGGUGUAUGCGAAUUUUACCCCGAGUUUCCCCACUGAUCGAGGUAUUUUUAGUGCAAAUUAGGAAAAUUUGUUGAAUGCCUUUCACGACUUUUAUUUAUUGUGGCGAAAGGCAUGUUGCCGUGAAUCUUAAUCGAAAUAUUUUUAGUGAAUUUCAAUGAGGCAGAGUUGGAAAUAUUUGUUUUAAAUUUGAGUGCGCUGUGCCUAGCUAAAGUGACAGUGCAAACAAAAAAAGUGUGGUGCGCUAGUGGAAAUCAAAAUUUCUUGGAUUACAGUGUCUUUAGGAUUACCAUGAGGAUAUUAUAGGAUAUUACGACGCAAACCAAGGUUUCACCGUCGACAUGGAGUUGCCCGCGAGGAGGCCGGAGAAGAUAAAACUGAGGGAGAUAAACCCUUAUCUGACCUGUUAUCUGUGUAAGGGAUAUCUAGUAGACGCCACCACUAUAUCGGAAUGUUUGCAUUCGUUUUGUCGAAGCUGUAUCAUCAAGUUCCUGCAGGAGAAUAGUUUCUGCCCCGUCUGCGAGGUCAUCAUUAACAAGGCCAAGCCCAAUUUGAAAUUGGACAAGACCCUUCAAGACAUCGUUUACAAGUUGGUGCCCGAGUUGUUCCUGAAAGAGAUGACCAGGCGGAAGCUGUUCUACCAACAGUAUCCCCAAAUAGCCGUCAGGGUGUCUCCGGAGGAGAGGGGGGAGGACACUGAGAGGACCAUCUUCAACCCCAAGGACUGUAUAAGCCUUUCGAUGGAAUACGUCAGCGACGAUUCCACGCCGGGCGCCAUAUGCCUACCCGGCACCAAAAACGGGCUGGACAAAAACAAGAAUCUCACCGCCGAGGAGAACCAAGCACUCAUGAAGAGGUACCUGCAAUGCCCUGGCAUGUGCCGCGUGGAAGUCCUCAAAAAGUUCGUUAGGAACAAGUAUAACGUCGAUACUAAUCGUUUCUACAUCGAUAUUUUAUACAAACGAGUACCCCUGCCAGAUCACUACACUUUGAUCGACAUAGCAUACAUCUACUCGUGGAAAAGGAACGAACCGAUGACGUUCUAUUUCCGGAUCACCGACAUCAACAAGGUUUCGGAACGGUUCGACUUCUUCAACGGUUCACCAGUUCCCGAAUUCGUUAUGAAAACACCUAGCAGGACUUCUAGGACCAACGGGGAGAGGGGUUCUGCCAAGAGGAAGGAGAGCGCGAACAAGAGACCUUCCAAAGUCAACAAACAACCUAGUCAAGAAACCACGAGUGAAUGUGAUAGGAGUAAUAGUGAAACAAAGAUAGAAAUACCUAGUGAGAGGGGUGUCGGUGAAGUUAAAAAUAAAUGUGAUAGUAUCGGAGACAAUAAAAGUGGCGAUAGUAAUGGAGAAGUGGUUAGUAAGUCUCUAAGUGUAAAAGCGACUAGUAGUAAUGUAGACAGUAAGAACGAUAAACCGGUACAGGUGGAGAAAAAAGCGAAAACGGUCGAAAAACCCGCGGUUGUGGUCAAUACGAACCCUGCUAAAGUUAUCCCAAAUACGAAAGACAAAGAUAAAACCGACGUCGUUCAGGGCAGCAUGCUGCUCAAGCCGGAAAUCGCGGAACAGAUAAAGACCAAGAUCCAAAACGACAAAAGUGAUGUCAAAAAUUCGGUGUAUACAAAUAUUACCCUCAACAGGACCAACAACGUAGAGAUCAUCACCAAGAUCCAGAAGGUGUCCAACAAAGAGGGCCAACCGAUCGGCCUAAAUAUCAUCAAGCAAACAGUGAAAAAAGGUGGGAAAACUGGAGGUGCCAGCCCAGUUCAUAAAACAGCGACGAAGAAGGUCGUCAACGAAAAGAAACAACCCGAAUCCAACAAAGUCGAAAUAGUAAAUAAGAUCGAGAACGAAAAGGUAAAAAAGGAUCAGGUGCCGACUACUAGCGAUAGUUUGGAGGAGGAAAAACACAAGUUCUUUAAAUCCAUAGAACUCACGGCAAAGAACGUCGUGCAAGGCAUAACUACAAAGCAGAACGAAACCUGCGCCUCCUCAUCCGGACAGAAAAGGAAGAGCUCAAGUCCCGUUAAAAACGACAAAGCGAAAAAAUCGAAAGUCGACAAGAAACCUACCACGAAAAUCAUCAUCCAACCGAAACCACCCAAUCAUGGAAAACCUAGCAUACCCAGCCAACAUCGUAACAGCGGGUUGCAGUCUUUUAUCGAUAGCUGCAAGAUAAAUAUUCCCUCAUCUUUAUCUAUUACCCUGAAAGAAACUUCUGAAGGUAGACCGCCACCGUUAGUCCCGCCCACGAAGAACUAUAUCGAAAUCUUAAAGCUGGAUGAAAAUGAGUGCACAAAUACUGAAUCCGCACCUAAACCUGAAUCAGUAGUUAAAACGGAACCGGCAUCGAGGCUCUGCGACAACGACAGCGAACAGAAGGUAGACCAAGACCUGUCGGAAAUCGCGAAAAGCUUAACGGAGAAGAUCCCAAUGUCUACGACAGUAUCGCAGAUAGUGGGACCCAAACCGCAGUUCCAAAUACCGGUAAAAAACAACGCUCCUAUUAAGUUUCACAUCCAACCGUCUCCAGUACCUGAAGUACCCUGUAAAGUCUUGAACAUGCCCAAGGACAAUAAACUCAACCCCAGGUCCCCGCAGACCUUCCAGAAGAUAUUCGAGGAGUCGAUUAAGAAACCUGACGAGAAUGCGACUUCUCCCGAGAAAAACAAGCAGAAGGUGUUGGAUUUAACUAACGAACCAGCAAGUGCGCCGAGUGUUAAGAGGAACAUCUUGGAAAUCGCUUCUCAGUUGUACAAAAAGACCAAAUUGGAGCAGGAGAAAAGUACCUUACCAGAAACCAAAAGUGAUGAAUCAAACUCUUCCGCACCAGUGCCCAAAGUUCCUAUACCAAGAUUGCCUAGCCAGAAGGUCUCAAAAUCGAGACAGAAAUUUGCUGGUCCUAGAUUCGAGGUGGCAGAUGCAUUAAAAUUUCCUCAAACACUUACCAAUCUCCACUCGAACGCCUUGGGUUUGAAUUAUACCAUCUCAGUCGGGCAAAAUAUCGCCCCGAAAGUUAACGGGAUAUUAUCACCUGUUAAGAAAGAAGAAGAAACGAAGACUGAGAAACUUUGCAAACCUCCAGUGACUUCCAACUCCUGCGCAGCCCCUAAAGAACUGCCAAGUGCGUCUCCAAGACCGAACAUGAAGAGAUCCCCUUGUCUGAAUUACAACUCUCCAAGAAACUCCCCUAAGCACUCGCCCAAGUCUUCUCCAGUCGUGAAGCACAUGUACGCUCCAACACCCAAUCUCAUGGACCAACUAAGGGUUCACACGCUCAACCAAAAGAUUCCUUCGCCGAAACUGAACAAUUUCUCGAAGUCGUCGCCUAAUUCGUCCAAAUUACCAUCGCCAUCUCAAAAAUUACCGUCCCCCUUGUCUAAGCCAAGCACCCCCUCUCCAAAAACUAGUCUUCCCAGCAGCAGCAACUCUGCAGUGAAACCUCUCCAACCCGGUACCUCCCCUAAAACCUCCGAGGCCUCGCCUUCUUCUAAUUCCUCUAAAAACGCUCCUAAGCCUUCGUCCGGUAGUCAAAAUUCCCCCUUGAGUCCUAAUCAGAUCUUGGAGAAGUACAACAUCCAGAAUCUGGCCCAGUUGACGGCCAGUUUGAACUUCAAUGCGGCUAACUUCGGCUUGAACCCCAACAAUCAGUUAGCGGCCUUGCAACAUGCCAUGUUGUUGAAACACUUCGAGAUGCAGAACAGGCAGAACUGGCUUAAUAUGAAUCAGGGACCUCUGUUGCAGUACGAGAAGUAUUUGCAGAGUCUAAAAAGCAACCCGAAUCAACUUCUGGGUAAUAUCAAGGAGAACUGACCUCUUAAAGUUGUUAUUUAGUUAAUUAAGGACAAUUCUAGCGAGCGUUUGAAAUUUUUUCUACGUCCAUUUUUGUUUUUUUUUUUGUUUGGUUAACGCUCUUUAUUGGGAUCGUUGUCAGUUAUAACUCGAGUUUUUUUAACGUUGCAUGGAAUAUUUUGCAUGACAUAUCGUAUUUUUGCCAUCUCUAAUAUUUUAAGUAAAAACUUACAGUUACAAAUCGCUCGAUUUGUUUAUAUCUUCUUUGUCUCCAAUUUCCGGUUCCUUGCGGUUUGUACAUUUUUCAAUUUGAAGGUUCUCUUCCCAUUCGUUGUAUAUUUAUUAUUUUGUUUAUAUCCCGAGGGUUUUGUUAAUGUUCUGUAUUGAUU